AUGUUGGGUUUAAACAAAUCUGAUGUUUUUGGUGAUGUUGAAAACAAUGAUGACAACAUGAAAGCAGUGAAAAGCAGACCACCUGCAAAUGAGGUUGUGGAGUGGGGAGAUUCCCCUGAAAUCGCCUGGUUUUCUUCUUGUCAAGUUUUGGAUCAAGAUGGCGACGAAACAGCUAGAAAGGAAGCACCUCUCGUGCCCAGGCAUAAGCAUGAACACCAACUGCAACUCGCAGUUGUAGAUUGCAUGAGUCUAGAUGAUCUGUAUUUUGAUGAGGAGGCUUCAUCAGGUCAGCCAUUUUCUUCUGCUCAGAUUACAGGGAAUCAAGAGCUCUCUGAAUCCAAGAGAAAGAGGGCUGAGAACGCGUGGCCUUCAUCCCUGAAGCUUCUCAAUAACUUUCAGAACCGGUUCAGGAGAUUAACUGGGGAGAAGGUGAAUGCAGCACCAAGCUGCAGUAGCAAUCAUGAUGAAUCAAGAGAGGUGAAUUGCUGCAGCAGUACUAGGUUGUUGAUUAACGAGGUUUUGCAGUUGGCUGCACACAAGUUCAUUGAGAACUCUUCCCAUGGAGACAGUGAACUAAACAAUCUAUUUCCCAAUUCAUGUUGGGGCCUUCAUGGCGAAGAUUAUAAAGAUGUUGAACUGCUUCUACAUCUCCUCGCUUCGGCUGAGAAAGUUGGCCAGAAAAAGUUUGACAGCGCGAAAGAUUUCCUCAGCAUGUGCGACAAGCUGAGUUCCAAGAAUGGAAAUCUUGUGCAGAGAUUAGUAUACUAUUUCUCUGAAGCUCUUCGCGACAAAGUUGAUUGGCAGACGGGAGAGAAGACACCAGAGAAUUUCGGAAAGAAACAGAUUGAGUAUCUCAAAGAGAAACACAUGAGCCCAAAACAAUGCAUCCUUGCAACUCAUCAGAAUUUUCCUUUCUUACAAGUGAUCGAGGUCGCCAGUGUCCAAGCAGUGAUAGAACAUGUACCAGAAGCAAAAAAGAUCCACAUUAUUGACCUUGAGAUCAGGCAUGGGAUGCAAUGGACGAUUCUGAUGCAAGCUCUCGCAGCAGCUCGCCAUGCAGAAUCUUUCAUUGAGAACCUCAGGAUAUCUGCUCUGGUAAUCAAGUCGGGGCCAAUGAUCGAGGAGAUAGGUAAGCAGCUAACAAGCUUCGCUGAUUCUUUGAAGAUCCCAUUUUCAUUUAAAAUAGUAAAGGUCCAAGACAUUCUUGAAGUGAAUGAACAGAGCUUUGAGGUUGAGGAAGAUGAAGCAGUUGCAGUGUAUGGACAGUUCUUCUUCAUGACAAUGAUUUCAAAACAGGGCGGGCUGGAACACUUGAUGAGAGUGAUGAGAACCAUCCGUCCACGCGUGAUGGUCAUAAUAGAGGUGGAAGCUAACCUCAACUCUCCAGUUUUUGUAAAUCGUUUCACCGAGUCCCUCUUUUUCUACAGCGCAUUCCUAGAUUCCUUGGAGCAUUUCCUGAAGCACAAGGAAUAUAUCAGAGCGUUUGUAGAACGUGAACACCUGAGUCGCAGUAUAAGCAACAUUGUGGCAGCAGAGGGGGAGGAGAGGAUGAUCCGACAUGUAAGUAUGAAUGUAUGGAGGGCAUUUUUUGCACGGUUUGGGAUGAAGGAGGUGGAGAUGAGUAUGUCAUCAAUAUUGCAAGCCAAUUUGGUGUUCAACAAUUUUCCCUGUGGGAAAUAUUGCACGCUUGACAAAGACGGCAAGUCUCUGAUUAUUGGGUGGAAGAGAACGCCCCUCUUUUCAGUUUCUGCGUGGAAAUUGAUAUGA